AAUAUACCCCAGAGGAGUUUUGAGAUUGAUUAUGACUGUGACUGCUUUGUCAAGGAUGGGAGACCUUUCCGUUACAUCUCAGGUAGCAUUCACUAUUCACGGGUGCCCCGGUAUUACUGGAAAGACCGCCUGUUGAAGAUGAAGAUGGCGGGACUGGAUGCCAUUCAAACGUAUGUGCCAUGGAACUACCACGAACCCCAGCUGGGCAUGUAUGAUUUUUCUGGUGACAAAGAUCUAGAGUAUUUCCUGCAGCUUGCUAACGACACUGGUUUGCUGGUUAUCCUGAGAGCUGGACCUUACAUCUGUGCGGAGUGGGACAUGGGAGGUCUUCCUGCAUGGCUGUUGGAGAAGAGAUCUAUUGUUCUCAGGUCUUCUGAUUCAGACUACCUGGCAGCAGUAGAGAAGUGGAUGGGUGUCCUUUUGCCAAAGAUGAGGGCUCACCUCUAUCAAAAUGGAGGUCCAGUCAUCAUGGUCCAGGUAGAGAAUGAGUAUGGAAGCUACUUUGCUUGCGACUAUGACUAUCUGCGUUCCCUUCUGAAGCUCUUCCGCCAGCAUCUUGGGGAUGAGGUGGUGCUGUUCACAACUGAUGGUGCAAGCCAGUUUCACUUGAGAUGUGGAACUCUUCAGGGUCUUUACGCAACGGUGGACUUUGCCCCAGGUGGCAAUGUGACAGCAGCAUUCUUAGCUCAGAGGGGCAGUGAACCUACGGGCCCUUUGGUUAAUUCUGAGUUUUAUACUGGAUGGUUGGAUCACUGGGGGCACCGUCAUUCUGUUGUGCCCACACAAGCUAUAGCUAAAACACUUAAUGAAAUCCUGGCACGUGGUGCUAAUGUUAACCUGUACAUGUUUAUAGGUGGGACUAACUUUGCCUAUUGGAAUGGUGCUAAUAUGCCCUAUAUGCCACAGCCCACUAGUUACGACUAUGAUGCUCCACUGAGCGAAGCGGGGGAUCUGACAGAAAAAUAUUUUGCCUUGAGGGAAGUCAUUGGUAUGUAUAAGCAGUUACCGGAAGGUCCUAUCCCUCCAACAACACCCAAAUUUGCAUACGGGAACGUCCGCUUGCAGAAGGUGGGCACUGUGGUAGAGGUUCUUGACAGGCUGUCAUCUGCUGGACCAGUGAAGAGCACUUACCCAUUAACCUUUGUUCAGCUAAAGCAGUAUUUUGGGUUUGUACUGUACAGAACUACACUUCCGAAAAACUGUACAGAGCCAACACAACUGUCUUCACCUUUAAACGGAGUCCACGAUCGUGCCUAUGUCUCUGUCGACGGGGUUCCUCAAGGUGUCCUUGAAAGGGACAAAUCACUUAUGAUAAAUAUAACUGGGAAGGCUGGAGCAAAUCUGGACAUCUUGGUAGAGAAUAUGGGCCGAGUCAACUUCGGUAGAUACAAUAAUGACUUUAAGGUAAGUAAAAUCAGUUGA